AUGAACGAAGAGGUGGCGAGCUGUGAGCUUGCUGCGGAGCUGGAGCAUGCUCCGACGUGCGAGGUCCGUUUAGUGCGCUCACGGUGGUUCGUCAUAGUUGCAGGUCAAGCGAGUGAGGACCAGCAGGACCAUCAACGCUGGAAGGCCUCGAACCGCUACGCGUGGCUGCGCUGGAUCGUCACGGGCAAUCUACCGCUGUCUUUUUGCGAGUCCAAGAAAACGCGACAAUACACGAAGCUAACUCCCAUCUCCGUGGAGACGCUGACCGCCAUCAUGGAGGCCGUGACCAAGGCCAUGGAGACGAUGAUCGGCGACACCAUGCCCGAGCGUUUUGGUCUGGUCCUUGAUGGGUGGACCCACGGCACGGAGCACUACAUGGCAGUGUAUGGCUGCUUUGAGACGGCGACAGGCCCCCAGUACCCGCUGCUGUCGUUAGCGCCUGUCAUGGAUGAGCCUGACGACCGGCUGAGCGCUGACGGCCAUCUGACGGCGAUUAAAAGGUUCCUACCCUUUUUUGGUAAGUCUAUCUCCGGAUGUCUAUUCCUGGUUGGUGACAACUGCGGAGUAAACAAGCGGCUUGCGAACCUACUCGGUGUGCCGCUAAUCGGCUGUGCCAGCCACCGCCUGAACUUGGCGGUGCGAGACUACUUGGAGCCCCACGACAGCAUCCUCGAAGAGAUCCAGCAGCUUAUGCUGCCAAGACCCCAUUGGCCGCUGUCCUCAGACAGGACAAGCGCUGGUCGUCGACCUUUUCAACCGUUCAUUUCGGCGGACGACGAGGAGCUCGCGGACUUCCUUCCGUCACGCUCAGCCCACCGCAAGCUGGAGACUUUGCUGGCAAGCCUCCGGGACGUCGAGUCCGUGUCCAAGCACCUGCAGGGCGACGGCCUUACGCUGCUGGACGCUCGUGUCCUAUUCGACGAGCUCCUCAAGAGCCACCCCUCGUUCGCGAAUUAUCUCGCCACCGACGCGGAUAUAGUCCACUCCGCCGUCUUCGUGCAGGCGGUCGUCAAGGUGCUGGACGACCAGGCGGCCCUGCUGACGGACGACGAAGUCGCUGCGCUGGAGCCGUUCAAGCGCACGCAGGAUCAUGUGGAAGGCGUGGACUGCACGCCGGCGGACAAGGAAGGUUUCGCUGUGCGUGCGCUCAAGCGACGCAAGGUAGCUGCUGCGUCGGCCACGUACGAGCUGCUUAAUGCGAUUCCUCCUACCUCAAACAUGGCUGAGAGGCUCUUCAGCAUUGCGCGCGCUAUGCUGCGCCAUGAGCGCCACCACCUCUCCCCCAUGAUGCUUGAGAUGAUCUUGUUCCUCAAGAUCAACAGCUCGUACUGGGAUGUUGCGACCGUGGAGUAG